AUGGCGGCGCAGUUCAUCCGCCAGCUCGGCGCGCUCAAGGUCAAGGAAGUCCCGGACUUCCUCGCGAGGAAGUUAUCCGCGGAGAACGUCACGCGGAACGCGACGACGUUCAUGGAGGAGUACCGCGUGAGGUACAUCAACACCGGGUCCCCGGCGCCCAUCUUUCACGUCCUCGGCGGCGUCUUCACGAUGGCGUACAUCACGUGCUGGCCGGCGGAGUACCGGCACAUGAUCGCGGCGCGGGAGGGGAAGCAUUAA